AUGUUUGCCAAGAAUAUUAUUAUGGUUGAUAACGAAGAGAUAUUCGACGAAAGCGAAGGAGAGUUGGUGGACUCCAUGCUGCCCGUUGUCUGCAACCAGAAUCGUCACACAAGCAAGAUAGAAGGGGCCAAGUUGUGUCUUCAUGGUUGGCGCAUGAAAGAAAGGAUGAAAACAGUGAGUGUCGCUCUGGUGCUGUGUUUGAACGUUGGCGUGGACCCUCCAGAUGUUGUGAAGAUUUCCCCUUGUGCUCGAAUGGAAUGUUGGAUAGACCCUCACACAAUGAGCCCACAGAAGGCACUGGAGUCUAUAGGCCUGAAUCUGCAGAAGCAGUAUGAGAGAUGGCAGCCCCGGGCACGCUACAAACAGAGUCUUGAUCCCACUGUGGAAGAAGUGAAAAAAUUAUGCACAUCUUUACGGCGGAAUGCUAAGGAAGAGAGGGUCUUGUUUCAUUAUAUUGGACAUGGUGUCCCCAAGCCAACAUCAAAUGGAGAGGUUUGGGUGUUCAAUAAGAGUUACACACAGUACAUUCCACUGUCCUUGUUUGAUUUACAAGCCUGGAUGGGAAGUCCCUCUAUAUAUGUCUUUGAUUGUUCCAACGCUGGCAUCAUCAUGGACCUCUUCAAAACAUUCACACAGCGGCAACAGCUCCUUAACACCUGUCAUUGCUCUACUUGCCAGACCCCAGGACAGACAAACACAGAGCAAAGUGCUCCAUCCAGUAUUAAGAACAGCAUCAUUCUGGCGGCCUGUGGUCCAACAGAACAUUUACCCAUGAACCCUGACCUACCUGCUGACCUCUUCACCUCAUGCUUGACUACACCUAUCAAAGUUGCACUCAGAUGGUAUGUAUUGCACAAUCGAAGCCUGGUUCCUGGCUUGACACUGGACAUGGUUGACAAGAUACCAGGACAGCUGAGUGAUAGGAGGACCAUGCUUGGCGAGCUCAACUGGGUGUUCACAGCUAUCACAGAUACCAUCGCCUGGAACUCUCUGCCUCAAGAUUUGUUCCAGAUGCUGUUCCGACAGGACCUGCUCGUGGCCAGUUUGUUUCGAAACUUCCUGCUGGCUGAGAGAAUCAUGAGAUCAUACAACUGUGUGCCAGUCUCCAACCCAAAGCUACCUCCAACACAUCAGCAUCCCAUGUGGCAAGCAUGGGACAUGGCACUUGACCACUGCCUACAGCAGCUGACGGCCAAAACCCUCACUGACAGCAUGACCUUCACUCACAGCACCUUCUUUGGUGAGCAGCUGACCGCUUUCAAAGUCUGGCUGGACAACGGGUCUGAGUCGCGGCGGCCACCUGAACAGUUGCCUAUAGUUUUACAGGUACUCUUGAGUCAAGUUCAUCGAGUCCGAGCUUUAGAUUUGUUGGGCAGAUUUCUAGACCUGGGCCCCUGGGCUGUCAACUUGGCUCUGUCAGUGGGCAUCUUCCCUUAUGUGCUCAAGCUGCUACAGAGCUCUGCCAAGGAGCUCAGGCCACUUCUGGUGUUUAUCUGGGCCAAGAUUCUAGCUGUAGACCAGUCUUGUCAAGCUGAUCUAGUCAAGGAUAGUGGACACAAGUACUUUCUCAGUGUUCUUGCCGAUCCUUCCAUCGGAGCAGAAUACCGCACAAUGGCAGCAUUUGUAGUUGCAAUCAUCAUGAACAACUAUGCUCCAGGCAGAGAGGCAGCUUUGAAUGACAAUGCAAUCUCCACCUGUUUAGAACAGCUGAGUGAUCCGAACGCACACUUGCGACAGUGGUUAGCACUGUGUCUGGCCAAGGUGUGGACCAGUUUUGAUAACGCUCGCUGGUGCGGUGUACGAGAUCAUGCUCAUGAAAAGCUGUCCAAGCUCCUCUCUGACCCUGAGCCUGAGGUAAGGGCAGCUACAGUGUUUGCCCUGGGAACAUUUGUCUCCAGAUCGCUGGACCGCACUGACCAUUCAGUGGCUGUAGAUGUACAUGUUGGUAACCUUCUAGUGACCUGUAUAAAUGAUGGAAGCCCACUGGUCAGGAAGGAGCUUGUGGUGGCCUUUGCUGGGUAUGUGUCUGUGUACAUCUCACAGUUUGUGAACCUGGUGAAGCGAAUCCUGGAGGAGGAGAAGGAGAGGAUGGCCAUGUCUCUGGAUAUGGCAACUCUGCAGGCUCACAAGGAAUUACACAGGCCACAGGGUAACUAUAGUUUUGCCAGUGGUGGAAUGAAACUAGGUCACUCACGAGGCAGUUUUAAGACUUUGACCACCU